AUCAUAUGGUGCUUUUUCAUUUGCAGUUCGCAUAUUCUCGCAGAUUUUGUUUUUAGUUAUUCGCCGAUAAUUGAUGUCAAAGGACGCGUUGCGACCGGUAUCUUACGGCGCGUAUAAUUAACAAGGAUACUAAGGAGGUGUAUUUUAUAGAUUGUAUUUGUAUUUUCCAAGUGCAUGAGAGUGUUUGUAUGUGUGUGCGUGCCUGCGUAUAUAUGUGUGUAUGUGUAUUAAUAAGGUUGUGAUACUAGAGUAAUUUGCAAAAAAAAAAUAUAAAAAAAUGCCAAAAGAAGAUCCGUUCGUAAAUCGAGCCCAGUUGCUGAAAGCAAUUAAAAAAUAUCCUGAAAUAUGGGAUUCAAACAAUAAACUGCACAUGUGCCGUAGUGUUACGGCUCCCAUGUGGAAUGAAAUAGCAGAUCAAUUUGGAGGCCAUGUUCCCACCGUAAAGCUUCAAUCGAUUUGGAGCCAAAUGAAAUAUCACUACCACAAUUUGGUGCAUCGACAAAUUUUACACAAGGAACGUUUUACUACCAAAUGGGAACACUUUGAACCCAUGUCAUUUAUGUACAACAUCACCGUGGCCAAAAUAGUAGGAGCUUCCGGCACGAGCACAACCGAUCCAGCCGAAAUUCCAGAGAGUUUGCCUUCACCACCACCGCUGCCACAAUCCCAAGGACGUGGUAGACCUAGCGGCAGUUUUACCUGGCUGCCACCAGUUGCUCCUCAAGCUGAAGUCAGUGUAGAAACUACACCCUUCACUGGAUUUACAGGUUUAGUUCCACCCGCUGCCGUAACAGUGGAAACUACUACUACACCCCUAAGAAAACCAGGACGCCCUGGUUCUCUUAACAACAGCAUGAGGGGACGUAUAAUCGAUGCCAUCAAAGCCCGUCCCAUAUUGUGGGCCGGCAGACAGAAGGAAGUCAAACAAGGACAAAAUCGUACUUCUGCCGUUUGGAAAGAAGUGGCUGUUGAAUUGGGCUUAACUCCAAGUUUGGUGCAGACACGUUGGUCAAUUAUCAAGCAACGUUUUGUUGACGAGCUGCAAAAAGAGCGACAUGCCCGCUAUUCUCAAGAGGCCUUCCAUUCUACGUGGGAGCAUUUUGAACGCAUGUCUUUUAUGCGUGAUAUAUUGGCUAAAAAAGUGGACGAACGAGAACAGACUCGUGAACAUAUACAGGAAAUUGUUAGUGAAAAACAGCAAUUGCUGAACCAUCAUCAUCAGCAACAACAGCAGCAGCAACAGCAUCAUCAACAACAGCAUCACCAACAUCAAAUUCACAGUCCACAGCAACAGCAGCCGCCACAACAGAUACGCUAUAUACGUACUACAACAUCAGGUGGUGUUAAUGCAACAACUGCAUUAGCUUCACCCCAAGCAACUCACCAUCAGCCGGCACAGCAGCCUCAGCAGCAUCAUCACCAUCUACAACAUCCACAAUUGAGCAUGUGUGAUGAGAACGGCGAACUAACCGUACACAAUUCCCAUCCCAAUGGUGGCUUAGUGGGCCUUUUGCCAGGUCAUACAAUUGUUACAAGCGCACGUAGACGUGUCAAAAAUGAAACCGAUUUAGAAUGGGAUCCUUUCGAGAUGAUCCUUCACGUACAGGCCGGUUCUGAGGCAGCCAACAAUUGAAUUGAUGCCAGUUUUUGUUUUUUUUAUUCAAACAAUAAUAAAAUAAAACAAGAAGAAACUACUAGACGUGACCGUGGAAGACUGAUUAUAUAAAUUACACUUACACACCACAAAAACUUAUUAUCAUUUAAUCAAAAAGUUUGUGCAUAAAAAAACACUCACACACACACACACACGAUUUUCAAACAAUUCUUUUAUAUAACUUGUUUCGUUUUGCAUGCAGUCGCUCAUUCAAAAACACACAGAUACACACACACCCAUACAUACUCAGUUAUGUACUCAUGGAUACUCACAAUACUCAUACGUACAUUUGAAUGUUUACAAACAUACACUCACUAACUCGCACACAUCAUUUGCAUUUAAGUAUUAUUUACACUCCCAUCUCUGUACCAAUGGGUUUGUGUAAAAUUGUGCAAAAUACAAAAUACAAACAAACAAAUGAUUGUAUGCAUUUGUUUAUAAAUUGUGUGUUUGAAUGUGCAUUCAAAAUAAUGAUUAUUGAACAAGAACUGAACUGUGUUGUGUUGUGUUUUUUUUUCAAUUUUUUUUUCGAAACAAACAUUUAUUAUGACUUUCUUGUUCUGCUGUUGUUUUCUUUUUUUCUUAUUCUCAUUUAUUUGUCUCUUCAAAUGUAUAUUUUUUGUUGCUUUUUUUGUCUUGUACAUGUAUGUACAAUAGUAUGUGGUUUUUUAUCUUAAAGAUACGAUUUAUUAUUCAGUAUGCAGCAGACGUACGAUAUUUUGAAUGUGAAUGUAAACAUUAAGAAUUGAGAUAUAAAAGUGUCAAUAAAUAAAAAAAAAAGAAACUCUUUUUUCUAGAACCUUAGGUUCAUUUAUCAUAAA